GGACGUUGCUCUUUAUUUCCACCCCAAGAGAAAGCUAAUAUGUAUUACUUGAGCUGUUCCUAUGGCUUUGGCCAUCGCUAAUUAUUUGUGUAGCAGCAGGUCUUGAAGGUGCCAGCUGGGAGUCACAGCAAGAAGAAAGGUGUGUGAGUCAGGAUUAUCAGUAGGCGUUUGUCCUGAGAAAACUCCAGUAUCCAGUCUUCUUGAGAGCAGUAGAGGAGAAGGGUGCACUCACAAUGGCUGCAGAGUUGGAUUUCUCCCCUCCUGAAAUCCCUGAGCCCACAUUCAUGGAGAACGUGCUUCGCUACGGACUCUUCUUUGGAGCCAUUUUCCAGCUGAUCUGUGUGCUGGCCAUAAUCCUGCCGGUGUCCAAGUCCCACAAGACAGACUCGGACAGUUUUGAGCCUAAGAAUUCAGAGACAGUGAAGAAGCCAAAGGCAACUGCUCCACAGAUAAGCAAGAAACCCAAGAAGGAAACCAAAAAGAAACGAUAAAGGCAUGACUGAUGAGCCUCAAAAGACCAAAUAAUCACUUGUAAUCAUGCUUCCUCAGAGACAACAUCAAAGGCAACUAACUAACUCUGUUAAAUGGUUUUCUGGCAUUGCCAUGUUUUACCUUUCAGGGACAAGGGAGAAGGAACUUACAAGAAUGGAAGGGGAGGGAUUCUGCCAUAGAUUUCUUGCAAGCAAAGAGAACUUCACAUAUCCAGUACUUCAUUUGACAUGAUUAAUGUGUCAGUCACCAUUAAAGUGACUUCUGUCAGUUCUCAUGGGUAGAGAAACCCCUUGAUGCUGGCUGGGAUUUGUAACAAAGUCCCUGUGGAAGGUGUAGCAUGGGUUUGCUGCUUUGGAUACCAGUUUGUAUUGUGUUUUUUGAAGCCAGAGGGAUCAAAUGGAUCAAGGAUACCACACUACACAGUUUUGUAUUCAUCUCUGUUGUCAUCUAGUCUGAAAUACAUAGCUGCAUUUUAUGGCUUAAUCAUAAUGUCUUUGUCAUAUUCUUUAAUUCUUCAGGUAAUAACUCACUGGAUUCCAGACUACUGGAGAUGAAAGGUUUCAUUUCCCCAGCGUCGCUACCUCUGUCUUACUCCCCACCCAUGCACUCUUCCUUUCUAUUCCCACCUUUGAAAGCAGGUACAUUGCAGGGAAUUGAGGCUGUGGUGGGGAUUGUGAGGACUACAAGGAUCGGGGAACAAUCUGAUUCUGGAAGGUGCAGAAUUUAAUGCCUGUGCUAGUGGGGUUGUUCUUGGGAACUUGGGAAGACCAGGUACUGCAUUUUGGAGAAGGGCUGCUGUGGUGGGAGUCUGGGAAUGCUGCACUGGUGGUGCAUCAGCCUGCACUGCCUCGCUGUGCUGUGGAUAAGCCCUCCUGCCAGCUGGCUGAGCCCUGACCGUGGGCCCUGUUUCAACACAGCUGAGGUUCUUUGCAUUUGCAAACUCCCUCCCAGCCUUCCCUGCUCCACUCUGCUCCAUCUCCUCUGGCUGAAUUCUUCCUGAGGGUAGAUACGUUCUCACCCUGGGGAGGUGUGGUAUUUUAAGAUCCAAGGGGUGGCAGGCUGGCUGUGUAGCAUGGCUGUAUGGCAAGAGACACAGACACUCUGUUCCUUUGGGCUCUGCCUCUCCAGGCCCAGGGACAAUCUGGUCUGAGAUUUGAAUACGGCGAGACAGGACUGGAAGGAGUGGAAGGAGAUAGGGGGUGACGUAGCCACGGAGUCUCUGUGGGGCAGCUCGAGCUUCCUGAUGCCAGCUCACAUCUUGGUUUGUUUGAUCAGGAAUGAGUCAAUGGGAGGAGAACCUGCUCUCUGAGGCGCACCCAGGGUUCAGAGCGGCUUUGAAGGAAGGGUUCUCUCUGGCAGGGCUGCAAGUCUGCAAUCCUUUUUGCAUACCCAGACUCCCGUCCUCGAGCCACAAAUGCCCUGUGAGCCCAGAUGUGUGUUCUUGAACAGGAGCUGAACAACCCACCUACAGAAAUCAUCAGUGUUGAGAACAGCCACAUUCUCUGCUCCCUCUUGCUUUUGGUGGGGGAGACAGAUAGAUCCCAGUACCAGUGUGAUUCUGACCUCUCACUGCUUCCCUGCUCCAGGCUCUUGACCAGAAUGCUGACACCAAGUUGCACUGCUUAAAAUCCAGCUCAGAGUUCUGCUUUAAAUUCUGCAUUUUUUUUCUUGAGCUACAUGAAGGCAACACCGAGUGGACAGAACAAAGCAUAGGAGACACAAGCACUCUAAAGUUGCUUUGAGUUCUCAGUACAAAGAAUUGUUACAAAAAUUUCCCACGCAAAUAACAAAGAGCAAUGUUUGCUGUGAGUUUCCAUGACAGACCUGUGCUCUGUCUCUCAUCUGCAGGAGGAAGAAAAUCAUUGCUACUGCCCUGGGUACGUACUGCAGAUCCCUCCUUCCAUUUUAAUAUAUGAGGAUGGUUUUAUCUAAACUCCAGCUUUCUGCAGGUUACCUAAAGCAGAGGGUUAAUGCUUUAAUGGAGUCAUUGAAAGAGCAGCACACACCUUAUCCAAAAUACUGAAGCACUUCCACAGCUCAGGACCAGUUAGCAGUGGGGACUGUGUGGCUGUUACCUGAAAUAGCAGCUACUACAUCAAUGUCUACAUGCAGCUAUUUGCAGGCUGGCACACUCAUUGCUCAGUAGAAAUCAUGGAUGUUGGGGUUUGGUUUUGUUGGAGGGAAGAGGGAUUAAGAUAAAAUCCCCAAUCUGUUCCUAACAGCUUUAUACCUAUUUGAAUGUGCUUGUUUACUGAACUUAGAGUAUGUAGAGAUUACCAAUAUCCCAUGUAUCUUAGUUUCUCUUGAAAUGUGUAAUAAAUGUAAUCAGAA